UUAUCCUUAUAUUAUUCUCCAUCCCAUUUUGCAGAGGAACCCAAAGCCCCUGAUCAUGUCUGACAUUCCACCUGGAAACCAAGAAAUUGAUGCCUCAGAGGAAGAAAAAUACAGAAGGGGGUCAUUCAAGAAAACAGUCUCUACUAGGUUCAGGAAUUCAAGGAAAAGGAGGAGCAGUAAAGUACUAUCUGUUGAAAUCAAUGACGAGCGGGACCCGGAGGAGCAGCAGUCCGUCGAGGCCUUGCGUCAGGCUCUUAUAGCGGAGGACCUGCUGCCUGAAAGCCACGAAGAUUAUCACACCAUGCUCAGGCGAGUUUCCAUCCUGUUUCAUCAUUGGUGUUGUAGUUCUUGA